UUGCCUCUCCGCCGAAUACUUACGGUCGCCCGCGCGGGAGCCUGCACCCCGCGAGGCCGGCCGCCGCCUCUGCUCUGGAAUUCCUGUGGGGACCCCCGAGCGUCCCUUCCCCCGCCCGCCCAAGUCUGAGACCACUGGCCGACGCCCCCUGCUUGGGGCGGAACCCGAGCUGCGCAGGUUCCUGGCGCCGGGCUGGCUGCCCCCCCUCCAGAUCCCGCAACCGCAGCGCCCCUGCGCAGCGCCCAGCCGAAGCCCCCUUCCAGGCCCAGGCGUCCCCCUCCCACGGGGACUCCGUCUCUAUUUUGGGGAAAGGGGAGGCUCAGCGGAAGCCCCGAGUUAUAAUUAGCCUCACUCGGGUUUCCUAGUUAAUCUCCAGCACCACCACCACCACCCCCCAACCGCAGGGCGGCGGGUGUUGGCUGGGUGAGAGGUGACCGCCGGGAGAGGGGGGGAGUUCCGACCCGGGGAAUUUUGAUCCCUUGGCUGGAGAUGCCGGAACCGCAGCAGCUGCUGCCCCAAAAUAGCCCCCUCGCCCCUGCAGCCGGGGAUCUCCGGAGCUCCGAGAAGACAGGCGUCCGGGUUCGCCCUUCAGACCCCUCCGCAAGGCCCGCGAGCCUCCAGACCCCCGCCCCAAGUUCCCGGCUCCCGGACUCGGGGCGGGGAGCGCCGUCCUUUUCUCGGUCUCUACUGCCCCCCACUGGCGGCAGCGUGCCCCUCAGCAUCGGAUGGAUGGGGGACUCGAGUCCUGGGGGGGACGGGGCUGACGAGCCUGUUCCCUGAUGCUGGGCGAGGCGAGUGCGCAGCUGACCGGCACCCACGGGUACCCCGUGCCGGACAGCGGAUGAGGAAGGGCAGGGUGGGGCAGGGUGUGGAGUAAGCGGGAUUUGGGGUGCCCCGGGACCUGCAGCUCCCACACCCUUGAAUGCCCAACCCACCCCCCAGGGUCCCCGACCCUGGCCAACGCCAGAGAGCCUGCGCCUUCACGCCACCGCAAGCUUCCCCAUCAGCGCCUCCCGUCAGUGAGGGCCCCGCCCCUGUCGGGUGGCCUGUGUGUGGACUGCGGUCUCUGGUGUGGGUGCCCACACUGCUCACGCGGGGCCCAACGCAGUCCACCCCGUUGGGGGAAGGAGGUGAGGGUGGUGGGCCCUCUGUGGGGCAGCUUCGGGAAGGUAUUGCCCCCAUCUCUGGCCUCAUCUGGGUUCCCUGCGUUCAUCUGUCUGGGUGUUGUGUCUGUGUGCCUGUCUCUGUCCCCUCUUGCUUCUCCCUGUCUGCCUGUGUCCUUGUCUCUGCCUGUCUCUCUCCAUUUCUCUCCCAACCUGCCCCACCUCCUCUGCAGCUCAGUGAUAACCCCUGGGUAAGAGUGUUACCUAAUCAAUCUCCUUGCUCCUGGCAGCCUCCGGCCUUCACCCUCUGCCUUUCUUUCUCCCAGCAGAGCCUGCCUGCCCUGGCAGCCAUGAGGCCCCCCUGGUGUCCCCUGUACAUGCCCUCCCUGGCUGCCCCAAUCCUUCUCCUCCUCCUCUUCCUCCUGGGAGGAGGGGCAGAGGCUGAGGACCCAGAGCUGCUGGUGACGGUCCGUGGGGGCCAGCUGCGGGGUGUCCGCCUAAUGGCCCCUGGAGGCCCUGUCUCUGCUUUUCUGGGCAUCCCCUUCGCAGAGCCACCUGUGGGCCCCCGUCGCUUUCUGCCACCGGAGCCCAAGCGGCCCUGGCCAGGGGUGCUGGACGCCACAGCCUUCCAAAGUGUCUGCUACCAAUAUGUGGACACCUUGUACCCUGGCUUCGAGGGCACCGAGAUGUGGAACCCCAACCGCGAGCUGAGUGAGGACUGUCUCUACCUCAACGUAUGGACACCAUACCCCCGGCCUGCGUCCCCCACCCCUGUCCUCAUCUGGAUCUACGGGGGUGGCUUCUACAGUGGGGCCUCCUCCCUGGACGUGUAUGAUGGCCGCUUCCUGGCCCAGGCUGAGGGGACCGUGCUGGUGUCCAUGAACUACCGGGUAGGAGCCUUUGGCUUCUUGGCCCUACCAGGGAGCCGGGAGGCCCCAGGCAACGUGGGUCUACUGGACCAGAGGCUGGCACUGCAGUGGGUACAGGACAACGUGGCACCCUUCGGAGGAGACCCAAUGUCAGUGACUCUGUUUGGGGAAAGCGCCGGUGCCGCCUCAGUGGGCAUGCACCUGCUGUCGCCUCCCAGCCGGGGCCUGUUCCACAGGGCUGUGCUACAGAGUGGUGCACCCAAUGGCCCCUGGGCCACAGUGGGUGUGGGAGAGGCCCGCCGCAGGGCCACACUGCUGGCACGCCUCGUAGGCUGUCCCCCCGGCGGUGCCGGUGGCAAUGACACAGAGCUGGUCGCCUGCUUGAGGACACGGCCAGCUCAGGAUCUGGUGGACCACGAGUGGCACGUGCUGCCUCAGGAAAGUGUCUUCCGCUUCUCCUUCGUGCCCGUGGUGGAUGGAGACUUCCUCAGUGACACACCCGAGGCCCUCAUCAAUGCUGGAGACUUCCACGGCCUGCAGGUGCUGGUGGGUGUGGUGAAGGAUGAGGGCUCCUAUUUUCUGGUUUACGGGGCCCCAGGCUUCAGCAAAGACAACGAAUCUCUCAUCAGCCGGGCCCAGUUCCUGGCCGGGGUGAGGGUCGGGGUCCCCCAGGCGAGUGACCUAGCUGCCGAGGCUGUGGUCCUGCAUUACACAGACUGGCUGAACCCUGAGGACCCCGCACGCCUGAGAGAGGCCAUGAGUGAUGUGGUGGGCGAUCACAAUGUCGUGUGCCCCGUGGCCCAGCUGGCUGGGCGACUGGCUGCCCAAGGUGCUCGGGUCUAUGCCUACAUCUUUGAACACCGUGCGUCUACGCUCUCCUGGCCCCUCUGGAUGGGGGUGCCCCAUGGCUACGAGAUCGAGUUCAUCUUUGGGCUCCCUCUGGAACCCUCGCUAAACUAUACCGCCGAGGAGAGAACCUUUGCUCAGCGACUGAUGAGAUACUGGGCCAACUUCGCCCGCACAGGGGACCCCAAUGACCCCCGAGACCCCAAAGUCCCGCAGUGGCCACCAUACACGGCGGGCGCGCAGCAGUAUGUGAGCCUGGACCUGCGGCCGCUGGAGGUUCGGCGAGGGCUGCGCGCCCAGGCCUGCGCUUUCUGGAACCGCUUCCUACCCAAAUUGCUCAGCGCAACCGCCUCGAAGGCUCCCAGCACCUGCUCAGGCCCCGCCCACGGGGAGGCUGCCCCGAGGCCCAGGCCCGGCCUUUCCCUGCCCCUCCUUCUCCUCCUCUUCCUCCUCCUCUCCCGACUCCUGCGGCUGUGACCGAGGCCACUUACCCCUCCGGCCUCAGGGGGCCCCUCCUCUAAUGAGUGGUCGGACAGUGGGGAAGGGCCCCACUCAGGGAUCUCCGACCCAGCGCACCCUCCUUCCUCAAACAGAGAGACUCAAACUGGCCAGUGCUGCGAGGGGGUGGUGACUUAUGACCCGUCUCAGGAACCCACACGACUCUGUUGUUUAAAUGGAAUUAUUUGGAG